AUGGCCAAACAGCCCUUCUUCACGUUCGAGGACGCCAAGUUCUCCUUCAGCCUCUUUUGCUGCAUGUGCGGAGUCGGCACGCUGAGUAUGCCAGCCAACUUCGCCCGCGCAGGCCCGGUCCUGGGUUUCCUGGCCACCAUCUUCAUGGCCCUCGCCAACAUGUACGCGUCGGUCGUCAUGUCCAAGGUGCUGCUGCUCGCCCCCAACUCCGUCAACACGUUCAGCGACCUCGGUGAAUGGUGCAUGGGCAAGUCCGGCCGCUACCUGUGCAUGAUCUCGCAGAUGGGCUCCUGUCUGCUCAUGCCGUGCGUCUUCCUCGUGCUCGGCGGUGGUCUGCUCGACGGACUCUUCCCCGGUGCUUGGAGCGCCACGACGUGGAUCAUCCUCAUGACCAUCACCGUGCUGCCGUUGGCCUUGGUGCCGACGCUCAAGGAAGGUGCCGGUGCCGCCUUCGCCGGUUGCAUGGGCACGCUCAUCGCCGACGCCCUCGGCAUUGCUAUCGUGGCGCACGGCAUGCGCGACCACCCGUCCGUUCCGUCGCCCGAGCUCAGCCUGUCCCAGGUUGUCGGCACCUUCGGCAGUCUGGCCAUGGGUUUCGGUGCCGGCAUUGUCCUCACGGACGUGCAGCGCCAGCACAGCGACCCGGGCCGCAUGCCCCGCGUUGUGUCGGUCACCAUCGGCUUCAUCAUGUGCAUGCUGCUGGUCCUCGGCUUCGUGCCGUACCUGUCGGUUGGCUGCCAGAUUUCCGGCAACCUGCUCUACGUGAUCUACCCGGACGCCUCCACUGGUCUCACAACGCUGGGUUUCGCGCCCAACUGGGGCACCGUCGUGCUAGCCUACUUGGCCAUGCAGAUGCACGUGACCAUCGCCUUCUCCGUGCUAAUCAACCCGGCGUUCUACAUCGCCGAGCGCCUGGGCGAUGUCGCACGCGUCAGCGCGACUUCCAGUCGCCGUUCGAGGACGUCCGUGUUCCCCCUAACGGGCGAGGUCAGCAAUGCUCACGAGCUGGAGGCCGCUGAGUACCGUGGCGCCAACGCGAUCAAGUACAUCGUGCUUCGUCUGUCCAUCAUCGUGGUGCUCGUCAUCGUGUCAGUCGUUUUCAAGGACCACAUCUCGGACUUCGUCGACUUCGUGGGCGGCUCCGUCAUCACUGCCAACUGCAUUGUCCUGCCGACGAUCUUCUACCUGCUCAAGACUUGGGAGCACGUCCCGAUGUACGAGAAGUUCGGCGCUGGUGUCAUCAUCGUGGUGUGCACCGUGCUGGGCUGCUACUCGACGUACACGUCCGGCAAGAACCUGUUCGUGCCCUCGGACUCGGACAUCCUGUUCCCGUACUGCGAUGCUGAGUUCCAGGACACUGUGUAUUUCAACCAGACCUCGUCCUAAAUGUGAAACAUUACGUAUACU